GAAGCAACCAACAUCCAAACAAAAAACUAAAAUCAAAUUCAUACACAAAGCAGCUCGAUACAUCCCUACUCCCAGUUCCACAGACCACAUGGCUUCCUCCAAAACCGAACCACCACCACCACAACACCACCACUACAAUCCAUUACCCCACGACCAAAACGACAACGUUCUACCAUCUUCAUACUCCUCCCACCUCCCACAACGCCGCACAACCAUUCUUCUCACUGUCCUCCUCCUCCUCUUUUCCUCCCUCUACCUAUUCUGGCCCUCCGAUCCCUCCGUCAAGAUCGUACGCCUCAAGCUCAAGAAAGUCCACGUGCACACCCGGCCGCGCGUAACCAUCGACGUGAGCAUGGCGGUGAGGAUCAAGGUCCGGAACGGCGACGUUUACUCGAUGGACUACGAUGCGCUGGAGGUCGGGGUUGGGUACAGAGGGAAGAGGCUGGGACAGGUGAGGUUCCAGCAGGGACACGUUAGGGCUUUCGGGUCGUCGUACGUUGACGCCGAGGUGGAGUUCAAUGGGGUCGGAGUGUUCUCCGACGUGGUGCUCCUGCUGGAGGACUUGGCCAAGGGAACGGUGCCGUUUGACACUGUUACGGAGGUCCGGGGGAAGCUCGGCGUCCUAGUCUUCCACUUCCCUUUGCGGGCAAGAGUAUCGUGUGAAAUUUUGGUAAACAUGAUGAAUCAAACAAUAUUUCGUCACAAUUGUUAUGAGGGCUUGAUGUGGGCAGACCCAGAUUUUAUCUAUCGAUCUUUCUCGGCUCGAUUCGCAGUUCCAUCUGGAGUUUUUCAUCAGAGUACAGAGGAGGAAAGCAAGAACAUGGUUGGUGCUUGA